AGGCACGUGCCAACAGUGAGCAACAGUCUCGGACUUCUUUUCCUCGAGACGACGACACUUGAAUUCAGAGUCGGGUUUUUUUUGGCAGUUGGCCACUUCCACCCAAGCCACUGCUUGACAAGAUUCCUACUUUGAAUUUCAGUUUAUUAAUUUUAAAAUGCAGGAAACUCCUACUGAUCAAAUUGUUGACGAUGCGACACCAGUGUUGCAUGAAAGUGGACGCACCUUUGAUGUCAUCGAAAUAGGAUCAGAUGGAACCUCGAUUCUUGGCUCAUCCAACAUGUGCACCCGAUACUGGGCAGGAAUCCUUUCAGUGUUUCAUUCCCCAGAUGAUUUGACUGAUCAAACUAAGUGUCAAUCAAGUAUGGAAUUUGAAGGUGGACUUUCCUGUGCGAAAUUUGUUUCUGGAUCAAAGGUUAUGGUGGGCCUAGAUUCUGGGGGUGUAUCGAUUUUAAACGUACGGCCAGAUUCCGGAUCGGGCAUUAAUAUGCUUGCAUCAGUCGUCGAGCACGACAAUGUCGUGAGCUCACUAAGCAUCAGUCGCGACGGCACAAGAGCCUUAACCGGAAGUCUGGAUCGUAGUUUGAAGGUGUGGCACACUGAUUACCUUGUGUGCAGCCACACCUACCGGCCGGCCCACGCCGACAUGGUUGUCAGCGUAGCAAUCCAUCCGGAACAGAACGAUGUGAUGGUCUCUUGCUCGGAGGAUGGGCGUGUCAUAAUGUGGGAUUUGCGCAUGCCAAAACCUGCCUUGGGAAUCCCUAAAGAGCAGUUUGCUAAUCGGCCGUCAUGUGUCUCAUUCCUUAAUCGUCGCAGCACUAACCUCAUGAUAGGCACCGUUUCAGGCCACCUUCUUCAUCUCGAUGCUUCAUCUCCGAAAUCCGCUCCUUCCUUCGAAUUGGGUGCUCACUCGAGGGCUGUGAGGAAAAUUUGUCCUUCCGGAGAUGAUGAUGACCAGCUUUUAAUAGCGACAUGUGCCGACGAUCGUACCACUAUCGUCUCAUCAGCGAACCCGGCGCAUCCCAAAAUUUUAUACUCUGAUGAGCGCCACAGCGACAUAGUUCGCGGCAUAGCCUGGCCAGUGAGGGAUGGCGAUCGACGCCGUAUCUUUUCUUGCGGUUGGGAUCGUCAGGUCAUCGCUCACAACAUUAUUACCUUUUCCUAAAUACAUAUACACUUCUUUUUUUCGGGAA